UCAUUCAAGACGUUUGGGGAGAGCGUGGGUUGCUGAUCCACGAACCACGAUCCACGCACACACGUACACGAGUUUUUUUUUCUGUAAACAUGCUGUCGUGAAGCUUCUCCAAUGCGUCCUCGCGAUUUAUUUUUACUUUACACCGGUUUGAAGCGGAGAUGUCUGGAUUCUCAUUACUACAUGGACUGAUCUUCGUCUGCUCGAUUUACCCGCUCGCGCUUGCCGAGAAACCGGAUGAUGGCUGUGGACAUUAUGUCCUGGGUCAAGAGAGUGGUGUGCUCUCCUCCAAGAACUACCCAGGAACCUAUCCAAACAACUCUUGGUGUGAGUGGCGAAUCCGCGUGCCCAUCGGUCACACCAUCAUCCUCAAAUUCGGAGACCUCAACAUGGAGAAGAAGGACUGCGAGUCGGACUACUUAGAGGUUCUGAAAGGAUCCAUUGGGACAGAAACCGUCUACUGGAAAUACUGUGGCGGUCCCAUGCCUAAGCCUGCCCAGCUUCACACAGAGUCCAGCGAACUGACCGUCCGCUUCCGAAGCAGCCAGCACAUCUCAGGAAGAGGAUUUCUGCUUUCAUACUCCACAGACAACCACAAAGAGCUGCUAACAUGCUUGGACAGAGGCAGCCAUUUCCAGGCUUCAAAGUACAGGAAGUUCUGUCCGGCCGGAUGUGGAGUGGUGACGGGAGACGUUUCUGGGGACGUUUCCCUGGGCUAUAGACAUACGUCUGUUCUGUGUAAAGCAGCGGUGCAUGCUGGGGUUAUCAUUGAUCAGUUUGGAGGACCAAUCACAGUAGAGGGGCGCAGAGGGCUCAGUCACUACCCUGCUGUAAGAGCCAAUGGCAUCCAAUCCAAAGAUGGAUCCUUGUCUGAAACCCUCUUCACGUUUGUCACAAAUGACUGUGAGAAACGGGCGGUUCUUCAGACGGUGGGAGUCAUCACCAGCUCCUCGUGGCAUAAUGUCACCUCGGAUGGGACAGAAGUUGACUGGUUCCCUAACAGCACCCACCCGUCCAUCUCUGAAGACCCCUGGGCCGCCGAAGUUGCUAACAAUCCACUGUGGCUCCAGAUCGACCUUGGAGAAAAGAGAAAGAUCACAGGUAUUUUGACAACAGGCUUGUCUAUUGGGGACAUUGAAUAUUUUGUGAAAAACUACAAGAUUGAGUACAAAGAAAGGAACCGCUGGAGGACUUUUGUCCAGUACAACAGCUCUGAUGAUAUGCUUUUUGACGGAAAUUCGGACAGCUUCCUUCGAAAGCGCAACACAUUCCAUCCGUCCAUCUUAGCUCGAGUUCUUCGUGUCAUACCUCAGCGGUGGCACAGAGGAAUUGCCAUGAGAGUUCAGCUCCUAGGUUGCCCUUAUAUCAAACCCACCCCAGUGAAUUCUUCUCAGGUGACACAGGAAGCCCUGCCAACGCAACCCAUUCAGAACAUGACCAAACCGGUUGCUUCUCAGGCUGAUCUGGUUCAUCUGAUUGUAAUAAUCGUACCCAUUGUAUUGCUUUUCAUCCUUAUGUUGGUGGGGAUCUGUGUGGUUAAAGUGCUCUACAGUAAGAAGACAAAAGAGGACACGUACGGCUCCGCGGAUGCACAUCACACGGGCUGCUGGAGGCAGAUAAAACAGCCCUUUGCCAGACACCAGUCCACAGAGUUCACCAUCAAAUACAACACUGACAAGGAUCCCAUCCAGACAUUGGACCUGGUUACCAGCGCAAUGGCAGCCGAGUACCAGCAGCCGCUGAUGCUUGGCACGGACACGGUGUCUAGAAAAGGCUCGACAUUCCGGCCCAUGGACACGGACGCCAAAGACAUCGAGGCUACAUCUCACUAUGACCACUUGCAGACAGGAAUCCAGUAUGCCCUGCCGCUGACCAAUCAGGAGCCGGAGUACGCCACGCCCAUCAUCGAGCGCCACGCCUUCCGCAAAGAUCCCUUCCUAGCGGAUCCCAGCUACUGCGUUCCUGGGGUGGUACUCAACAAAAGCCCAUCUUUUCGAGCUGUGGAGGGGAGUAACUGUAGGAAAGUGAUCGGAGGGCUGGCCGGAGGAUAUCAGACGCCCCAGGUCAAAGGGAAUUGCUCUGACAUCUACGACAGCCCAAAAAUCCGGAAGCCUGUUAGACAGAAUGGAAGUUUGAAGUACCAGAGACCCCAAAUAAAAGCCCCCUUGAAGGAGUGCUAUUCAACUCCAAGAGACUGCGUGAGACUGACCUUCACCGGUCCCAGACCGGACCCGGAGGGCAGUAGAUCGGACCCGGAGGGCAGCAGCUCGGACGGAACCUGAGCAGAGCUUUACUGUGACGUGUCUGAUUUAUCACCGAAAUCACCUCCGGACUCCUCUGUUAACUUAUUUGUAUGCCAGGGAAGCUUUGUUUUAUAUUUUUGAAGUCAGUGGAGCCCGUUUGAUUCGUAUUUUGUUUUGUUUAUGUGACACGCAUCGUCUUAAAUCGUUGCUUUUUUAUUUCUCUUGUUUAUUGGAGCAUUUUGGGGUUUUAUAAAUGCUUCGUCAGGACCGGAGAGAGCAGUAAUGUGUGGAAAUAUGCAGAAGUUUGUUCCCUCAACUGUGAAAGUGAGCCAGAUGUUUAUGUACGUAUACAAUGUGAUAAUUUCAUUGUUAUUCGACUCGGGUCUACACGUUAAAAGGAUAAUUCACGCAAAAAUGAUAAUCAUGUCAUUGACGCCAAAUUUGGAUUUCUUUCUUUUGCAGAACACAAAAGAUAUUUUGCAGAAUGUAAAACAUAGUCCCUCAGUGACCUGCAUCGUAUGUAUCUAAACACUUUCUCAAAGUAUUUUCUUUUGUGUUCCACAGAAGAGUCAUAUACAGGUUUGAAUGACAUAAGGGUGAAUAAAUGACAGAAUUUUUA